CACAUUCGAGAGACGGCAGAGAUGUUGAGUGUGCAUUUGUAGGCCAAGCCAUCGCAUGGUAUGUUGAAAUUUACACCAUGUUUGGUUUGGUGUAUUGGCAUAGCCAAUACACCCCUAAUCGGUGGGCCCUAUUUAAUCCCCAUUUAAUCUGUUGUUUGGUUGGUUGUAUUACCAUUACGUCUCAAAUCUGUUCCUUCCCUAAUACACCCGGUCCCGUAAUAGCUAUUCCCCCCAUUCAGCGCCGAUUAGAGAAUCCUUACCCAUUUCUUAUUUUCGUUUCCUUUUUCUGCCCUCAUAGAUUUCUGCUUCUUCUUUCAUCGGCAUUGCAGAUCUAUCCUCAUUUCUUCUGCUUUCAUAACAAAUCCUCAACAUUGUCUUCAUCGGAGGCCGAUUUCAGAGAAAAGGCUGCUGAAUUGGAAGAUUUCUCACUGACUUCAAUCAUUUCAACUGAUGCUGGACAAGAGUUAUUUGGUGCUAGAGCUGAAAACCCGAAUCAAGAAGUACUUUGAAGGGGAUGAAGAGGCACUCCCUUCAGUUCUUAGGCCAUUUUGCGGAGAAAGUUAGCUGGGAAACAUGAGGAGACCGAUGAUGAAUUGAUGGAUGAAUUAGAGGUGCAACCACGAGACGAUGUGGAUGAUGAAGAGUUCGAGUCAGAUUUUGAUAAUUUGUACUCGAUUGAUGAAGAGAUACUUGCAAUGUUUUUGAUGAAAUAAAGUGUGGAUAGAAAACCUGUCAAUACUUGCAAUGUUUGUCCAUAAUGUUUGUAAAUGAGAAAUGACCCUAGUCUACAUCAUUUCUCAAAGCCCGCGAUUGCAUGUAAAUGUCACUAGAAAGCUGUUGCUAAGGCUUAAGAAUCUGUUUUAUGAGUCAGUGUUAGUUGUUUCAAGUUCACUUUAAUGUCACUCUGUUUACUGCUUUAUAGUUUAACUUUUGUAUGGUAAGUGAUUUGUAUACUAAUUGUUUCUCUUGAAUAUGCAUGCAGAACUUAUAUAUUAGAAGUUACAAACACAGAUUUGCUGGUUGAUAACAAA